UCCGCCCAGUCCCAAAGCCGAAGCACCUCCCUCCCAAGUCCCUUCCUUCCUGGCUUCUCACUUGGGGGGGCAAAGCACUUGCAUCGGUGCCCCCCCUUCUGAUAUCUGAAACUGGCAGACAAAAAAGGAGUUCCUUCAGCUCUGUUGGAGGCUUUCAUAAAGUACGGAUAAAAGAUGGACUCGGAUGGCCUUGAAGCAGGAAGAGGCUCCAAUAUCACCCAGGCUGGGAGCAGUGUGGAAUUCUGGGAAAGAACCGUGCAGAAGGCCCUGGGUGAGAAGGGCACUCUCAGCUCAGAUGUGCAGCGGCAACAGUUCAGCCAUUUCUGCUACCAGGAGGCCGAAGGGCCCCGAGAGGUUUGCAGCCAACUCCACCGUCUCUGCUGUCAGUGGCUGAAGCCAGAACAACGUACAAAGAAUGAGAUCCUGGACUUGGUGAUCCUGGAGCAGUUCUUGGCUGUCCUGCCGCCAGAGAUGGAGAGCUGGGUGAGGGAAUGUGGAGCGGAGACCAGUUCCCAAGCGGUGGCCCUGGCCGAAGGUUUCCUGUGGAGCCAGGCAGAGGACGAGAAGCAGGCAGAGCAGCAGGUAAAGGAUCGCUUUGCAAAAAUGGGCGGUGAUUUCCCAGAAGCAGAGAGGAUUCCGCUGGACACUAGACAGAGGCCACAAGGGCAUGAAAUGAUGCUGGCAAGACUUCCUCAGUCAUCUCAUCCUCAUGAUGGAGAAGAAGCUCCUGCUGUGGAACCAGAUCAGGGCCCAGUGUCCUUUGAGGAUGUGGCUGUGCAUUUCAUGGAGGAGGAGUGGGCCCUGCUGGAUCCUGACCAGAAAGCUCUGCAUAGGGAAGUCAUGGAGGAAAAUGGUGGGAUCGUGGCCUCUCUCGAAAGAGACAAAUUGAAAACCAAGAAUAAAGGGUACCAUGACAAAAUUCACACAGUUGGGGAGUCGUAUAAAUAUAUGGAGUGUGGAGAGACCUUCAGUCAAAGAUCCCAUCACAGAAUUGGCAGUGAGGAGAAACCAUAUCAGUGCAUAGAAUGUGGAAAGAGCUUCCGCUGGAAGAAAAAUCUCAUUUCUCAUCAGAGAAUUCAUACAGGGGAGAAACCAUACCAAUGCUUGGAGUGUGGAAAGAGCUUCAGUCGGAGCGGCCAUCUCACUGUCCAUCAAAAAAUUCAUACAGGAGAGAAAUCAUACCAGUGUUUGGAGUGUGGAAAGAGCUUCACCUGUAAAGAAAGUCUCACUUCCCAUCACAGAAUUCAUACAGGGGAGAAACCGUACCAUUGCUUGGAGUGUGGAAAAAGCUUCAGCUGGAAGAAAAGUUUCAUUUCUCAUCAAAGAAUUCAUACAGGGGAGAAACCGUAUCAGUGCUUGGAAUGUGGGAAGAGGUUCCGCUGGAAGCAUCACCUCACUCCCCAUCAAAGAACUCAUACUGAGGAGAAACCGUAUCAAUGCUUGAAAUGUGGAAUCAGCUUUAACAGAAGCACAGACCUCCACUGUCAUGAAAGUAUUCAUAGCGGGGAGAAACCGUAUCAGUGCCAGGAGUGUGGAAAGAGCUUCAUGCGAAGGUCCCAUCUCAGUUCGCAUCAAAGUAUUCACAGUGGGGAGAAACCAUAUCAUUGCCUGGAAUGUGGAAAGAGCUUCAGUCAGAGCUCCCAUCUCACUACCCAUCAAAGAAUUCACACUGGGGAGAAACCAUAUCAAUGUCCGGAUUGUGGAAAGAGCUUCAGUCAGAGCUCCCAACUUUCUUACCAUCAAAUAAUUCACACAGGGGAGAAACCAUAUCGAUGCUUGGAAUGCGGAAAGAGCUUUAAUGUCAGCAUAAGUUUCCAUCGUCAUCAAAUAAUUCACACUGGGGAGAAACCAUAUCAAUGCUUGGAAUGUGGGAAAAGCUUUAACAGAAGCACAAACUUCCAUCGUCAUCAAAGCAUUCACAGCGGGGAGAAGCCAUAUCAGUGCCAGGAGUGUGGAAAGAGUUUCUUUAAGAAGAGUGAUAUGACCUCCCAUGAAGGAAUUCAUGAAAGAGAAAAAUCAUAUCAGUGCUUGGAAUGUGGAAAGAGCUUCAGCUUCAAGAAAAGUCUCAUUUCCCACCAAACCAUUCACGCAGGAGUGAAACCAGACUUGAUAGCACUUCUAAUUAAGAUAGUCUUCGCCUUGAAACAGAAACUGGCAGAAGAUGAAGGAGUUGCUCCAGCCCUGUUAGAGGUUUCCAUAGAGUUCGGAUGCAAGAUGGAUGGGGAAGACUCAUCCGGCCCUGAAACAGGAAGAGGCUGCCAUAUUACCCAGGCUGGGAGCAGUGAGGGAUUGUGGGGAAGAACCAUGCAGAAGGUCCUGGGUGAGGAGGACACCCUCAGCUCAGAUGUGCAGCGGCAACAGUUCAGGCAGUUCUGCUAUCAGGAGGCCGAGGGGCCCCGAGAGGUUUGCAGCCAACUCCACCAUCUGUGCCAUGAGUGGUUAAAGCCAGACCGACACACAAAGUCUCAGAUCCUGGACCUGGUGAUCCUGGAGCGGUUCCUGGCUGUCCUUCCAGCAGAGAUGGAGAACUGGGUGAGGGAAUGUGGAGCGGAGACCUGUUCCCAGGCGGUGGCCCUGGCCGAAGGUUUCUUUCUGAGCCAGGAAGAGGACAAGAAGCAGGCCGAGCAGCAGGGAAAGGACCUGUUUGCAGAAAUGGCCACUGAUUUCCUUGAGGCAGAGAGGACUCCACCGGACAUCAGACAGAGGCCACUGGGAGAUGGAGUGAUGCCGGCAAGACUUCCUCAGCCAUCCUUUCUCUGUGGCGGAGGGGAAGCAGCUGCUGUGGGAUUGGAUCAGGGCCCAGUGUUCUUUGAGGAUGUGGCUGUGCAUUUCACGGAGGAGGAGUGGGCCCUGCUGGAUCCUGACCAGAGAGCUCUGCAUAAGGAAGUAACGGAGGAGAAUUGUUGGAUCAUGGCCUCUCUCGAACCUGACAAAUUGCAAACGAAGAGUAAGGGGGACCAUGGCAAAAUCCACACAAUGGAAAAGACAUAUAAACAUUUCGAGUUCAGUCAGAGCUCCUGUCAAAGAAUUCACAGUGGGGAGAAAUAUCAAUGCUUGGAAUGUGGAAAGAGCUUCAGUCGGUGCUUCACUCUCACUUCCCAUAGGAGAAUUCACAGUGGGAAGAAACCAUAUCAAUGUUUUGAAUGCGGAAACAGCUUCACCUGGAGGAAAAGCCUCUCUUCCCACAAAAGAAUUCAUACAGGGGAAAAACCUUAUCAAUGCCUGGAAUGUGGAAAGAGCUUCAGGCGGAAGGAAAUUCUAACUUCCCAUCAGAGAAUUCACACAGGAGAGAAACCAUAUCAGUGCUUGUACUGUGGAAAGAGCUUCAGACAGAGCGCCAAUCUCGUUUCCCAUGGGAGAAUUCACAGUGGGAAGAAACCAUAUCAGUGUUUCAAAUGCGGAAAAAGCUUCAUCUUUAAGGCAACUCUCACUGCCCAUCAAAGAAUUCAUUCAGGGGAGAAACCAUAUCAAUGCUUGGAAUGUGGAAAGAGAUUCAGUCAAAGCUCCAAUGUCAUUUCCCAUCAAAGAAUUCAUAGUGGGAAGAAACCAUAUCAGUGCUUGGCAUGUGGAAAGAGCUUUAGUCGGAGCGACCAUCUCACUUCCCAUGAAAGAAUUCACAGCGGGGAGAAACCAUAUCAAUGCUUGGAAUGUGGAAAGAGCUUCAGACACAGCUCCCACCUCACUUCCCAUCAAAGAAUUCAUACAGGGGAGAAACUAUAUAAAUGCUUGGAAUGUGGAAAAAGCUUCACCUCCAAGAGAAGUCUCACUUCCCAUGGAAGAAUACACACCGGGGAGAAACCAUAUCAAUGCUUGGAAUGUGGAAAGAGCUUCUUCUGCAAGGACAGCCUCACAGGUCAUCAAAGAGCUCACAACAGGGAGAAAGCAUAUCAUUGCUUGGAAUGUGGAAAGAGCUUCUCCCACAAGGACAGACUCACAGGUCAUCAAAGAACUCACAGUGGGGAGAAUGCAUAUGAGUGCUUAGAGUGUGGAAAGAGCUUCACCAUCAAGUCAAGUUUCACUGCCCAUCAAAGAACUCACAGCAGAGGAAAACCGUAUCAGUGCCUGGAAUGUGGAAAGAACUUCUCCCGUAAGGACCACCUCACUGCCCAUCAAAGAACUCACAGUGGGGAGAGACCAUAUCAAUGCUUAGAAUGUGGAAAGAGCUUCACUCAGAGCUCCAACCUCAUCUCCCAUCAAAGAAUUCAUACAGGGGAGAAACCUUAUCAGUGCUUGGAAUGUGGAAAGGGCUUGAGCUGCAAGAAAAGUCUCGCUUCCCAUCAAAGAAUUCAUACAGCGGAGAAACCAUAAAUACAACGGCAGCUGGCAGGCACUGGACAUGUCAGGGCUGCUGAGAGGUCAUUGAGGCAUGGCCAGUAAGUUUGCUCUCUUGCAAGUUACUGUGGGCACUUAAGGACUGCAAUUGUGCAAAUACUUGGCAUCUAACUAAACUGAAAAGAGUCUCAUUUGGUUCAGAAGUGGUCCCCAGAUCUUCUCAUGGGCUGGCUUAGAAAGAAAAAAGUACAUGUUCUCCCUCCUCAAAAGUUUGGAUAUAAAUUUAUUAAAUAACAAACCAAGAAUAUCUGCAGAAAGCCAUACAAGUGUAAAGGAGGGUUCGCCUUCUGCCCACCCAUUUGUGAUAACUGCAGUGAAGGGGAAAAUACCAAGCCCAAACCUUAAACACACACACAAGCUCAGCCCUUUUCUUUUCAUUUUUUCUUUUAAAUCUGUUUAUUUUCAAAAACAUAAAAUAUGAACAUCAGCAGUGAUAAACUUAAUUACGAUAGGAAGUGAGAUGCAAAGGCAAAUAUGAUUGUACUGCUUACAUUGGCUCGCCAUCAUCCAAUUACACUCUUGUUAACAACAAUCAGUUUCAUUUUAUUUUCCAGCUCUCGUGUCAUUUCAAAAAAGUUUAACCCAGGCACAUCGGUCCACAAAAGACCAUGUGUGUUCAGGGUUUCCCAGUCAUGUUCCUUGCAGGCUAGAUAUUUACUAAAGCAAAACCUGGUUGCAUAAAACAUGGCUUUAAAGUGUGGGUUUCGAAGGGCCCAUAUUUGUUUUGAUAGUUUCUCCAUUAGGGCUAUAAAUGAUUUGUUGGUACCAGUAGUCCAUCAUAUUAGUGUCCAGUGUUUUCCAGUAUUUUGUGAUGGUUAGAUGAGCAGCUAUCCACAAAAAUCUCAGGAGAUCCUUAUGUAUUAUGUUUUUCCCAGGAUCAUCAAAGAUGGAAAGCAGUGGCAUUUGUGGGUCUAGUGUUAAAGUCUGAGAAGCAAUUCAACCCAUUUCGUGGAAAAUACAUUUCCAAAAAGUUUGAAUAAAAGGACAGCACUACCAUAUGUGGAAAAAUGUACCUAGCUCCCCACAUCCUGUCCAGCAUGAUGGAUAUACAGAUUUCAUGGGUUUUGCUUAGGAUGUGGAGAGUUAGGUACCAUCUUUGUUUAAUUUUUUAAGUGUUUUCCCUCAGAUGUUCUGAGGUUGAGUGGAAAGGUAUUCUUCCUCAUGUACUUGCCCAUUUAGUCUGAUCUAUGGGUCUGAUCUAAAUCCUGUUCCCAUAAUGCCUUUAGUCCUUCCUUAGAACCCGUCAUAUUCCUGAAUACAAUAUUGUGUAUAGUAGUAAGUAGGAUUUUGUCAUUGAAUGAAUUGUGUAACGAUAAAGUCUCAAAGCUUGUUA